AUUCACCAGACACCAUGAAACUGCUGGCUCUGCUGCUGAUGGUUGGAGCUGCUGUGGCAGUUCCCCGUGAAAACGGCCGGAUCAUUGGCGGGCAGGAGUGUGAGCCUCACUCUCGUCCGUACAUGGCCUCCCUCAACUAUGGCUACCACUUCUGUGGAGGGGUGCUCAUUAACAGGCAGUGGGUGCUCUCUGUUGCCCACUGUUGGUACAAUCCCACUGCCAUGCAGAUCAUGCUGGGAGAACACGACGUGCGAGUGUUUGAGGGUACAGAGCAACUCAUGAAGACAAAUACCAUCUUCUGGCACCCUGAUUAUGACUACAGGACUUUGGAUUAUGACAUCAUGAUGAUCAAGCUCUUCCAUCCUGUGGAGGUAACCGAGGCAGUCGCACCCAUCCCGCUGCCCACAGCGUGCCCAUAUGGGGGGCUCCCCUGCUCUGUGUCUGGCUGGGGUAACACGGCCAUGGGUGGUGAAGUGUAUAUGCCCACCCGUCUGCAGUGUUUGGAUGUGCCCAUAGUGGAUGACCAGGACUGUGAGAAUGCUUAUCCUGGCAUGAUCACACCCAGAAUGGUGUGUGCUGGAUACAUGGAUGGUGGUAGAGACUCAUGCAAUGGUGACUCUGGCAGCCCUCUGGUGUGUCUUGGAGAGCUCCAGGGCCUGGUGUCAUGGGGUCAGGGAUGUGCCCUGCCUAACUACCCUGGCGUCUACGUCAAAGUGUGCGAGUAUCUCCCAUGGAUCCAAAGCAUCCUGGCAAAGAACCCCUGAAAUCAUUUGUUCCUCUUUCCCCUGCCCUUUAUGUUACCACUCAUCUCUGCUUUGUUUUACAGGGCCAACUGUUAUUUUUCUGGUGUCUUGUCUCCUUUGAGGUUUUCUCCCUCACACAUUCAGAACCAACACAAAGGUUCCAGAACACAAAAAAUAAAAUAAAAUGCUUGGUAUACUCA